AAACAAACCAUGUCGCGCGAAGUGAUCGUCGUGUCGAGGCUUGCGUGUAGGCUAGGCCUAGGCUUAGUCUGAUUUGAUCAAACCAGCUGAAAGCUAAGGCAAGAUAAAAAAAAAAAGACAUUGUUGUUGCACAGCCCCUAGAGAGAACCUAGACCUACACAUCUCAUUGGUACUCUGCACAUUCAGCAUCAUGACGGAAAGCCCGGGUCCUGGCCGGUGCAGCAGCGUGCAUGCCUCCUUGGCCGACCUCAGAGCCUCCCUGAAUGCGCUUCAUACAGAAACGAUGUGCACACAACCAAGAGAGAGGGCCAAGCUACGAACUGUCCGUAGAAUACUAUGUCAGCUCGUUGAGGACCAUCUUACUAACAUUAGCAAAGUUUCUAGAGAAUUGUCUAAAAAAGGCACACCAGAGAGCGUCGUGAUCCUGACUUUUUUGAAAUUUUGCAUUCAGCAAUUUCCACAAAUAUUUUGUUGUAACUGGGUGCCAUCAUCUGACAGUGCCCAUGAAGUGGGCGAAAAAACAAGUGAACAAGCAUCUGAUCCAGAGUAUCACUUAUGCAAAAGUAAGAACAUUGACUUGAGUUGUUGGAUUUUACUGAAGUUAGUUCGCAUUCUUAGUGAGUAUGAUUGUGAGGCUAUUCACCAACAAGUUCAAGAAAUCAUCUGCAUUCUUCUUCAGAAUUUUGGAUUGAAAUGUCAGCGAUUGUUCUAUGAGCUGACCUCUGAAUUUAUUGACCUUCUUACAGAAAUGAGUGAAAUUCAUGACCAUAAAUUUCAAGGAGGAAACAUCAGAUUUCUAGAAGAUGGCUUAAAAUUCCAGCAUUUCCAAGUUGAUGCAACAGAUCUUCUGAAAUACGAGGAUGCUGAAGAAGAAUUUAGUGUUCUUUUGGCCGAAGCCCAGCCACUUGUCAUUGAGUAUUAUUAUAGUUGUUAUUAUAUACAGCUUUAUUUGAGCAACAUAUUUCGAGAGUUGGUUGGUGACAUUUACCAUAUAUGUGUCCUGAAGGUCCCUCUUCUGUGGAUGACCUUUGCCCAUCAAAUUGAUGAAGGGCAGAUACCAGUAAAAAUAAUUUCCCUAGAAGUGAUCACCAAGCUUAUUGCAACCUCUGGGCUUGACUCGCAAGAGAUGACAGACUACCUUUUUGAGCUGUUUGCCAGUCUGCUUCGCUAUCUUAGCAACAACCAUGAUGACAUGAUUGAAUUAAGCGAUAAAAACAAGUUGGAGGAGAUGUUAGGCAAGUGUCUUCUACAGGUGUUCUGUGUUGCAGGUGAUAUUCCUCGCUUGUGUCUAUCACCAGCAAAUAUUGACCUCAUGAUGCAAACAUUGAUAGAAUGCUUGGUAGAGGGUGCUCUUUUCAGGAGUGAAACAGAUGUACUGAAACACAGUGUUUGUCAUAUCCUCCACUAUGUAUAUUCCUGUGUUCCUUCUGGGUACGAAUCUACUCAUGACAUCAGACAGCAACGAAGGAAAGACUUAAACAGCGCCCUCAUUCAGCAGAUAGGCUGUGCCAAAGCGACUCAGUUUUUGGUGCCACCUCUUGUUAGUGCCAUCAAGCAAGACCAUGGUGGCAGCAUUCAAUUCAAUCAUUCUUCUACGUCUGCUUCUGAGAGUGAUGGCUCAACUACGGCGACAACAGAUGUUAGCUCCAGUAGUGGAGAUGAAAGAUAUGAAAGGAUCAAGGAAAGGCUUCUUGGACAUACACCGAAAAAACUACCAAAAAAACGGCAAAUGGACAACCUUGUUAUAUCUGCCAAAGAUUGUUCGCCAGUCUUUCAUGAAAUUUCAUCACAUCUAACAGUAUUACUUGAGAAGAAUGACGGACUAAUGGUUGAAGAGGUUUUAGAGGGUAUUCGUAGCAUCAUUGAAAUUGCUAGCAUUUGUUGUGCAUCAUCUGUUACCGGAAUAACCCAAACUGGUUUUCAAGGCAAUAGGACCACGCCAUCUAAACUCUCAAAGUUAUCAAGCCACAAAACUCAGCGAAAAAAUUGGCUUAACACAUGGUUAUCAGAUGGUGAUCUUGGUCGUAUUUUUCAAAAAUGGCAAUCAACUAUGCAGAGUCUAAUCUCAUUUGAAAAGGACCAUGUCAGGAUUCAAAUGUGCUUUAAGGUCAUAGUUCAGAGUAUCACAUGUCUCCUAUCAAUCAUUGACUGUUGGUGUGUUUCUCCGUCCAUUCAAUACAAGUUUGCUUGGCUUCUAUCCCUACCUUGGCUUGCGAUGGAGUCAAGUUGGCUAGACUUGAAGAUCCAGGAUGCUAUGAUCACUACCAAAGGAAUUGGAGAAAUGAGUUCCAGUCUGGCAGAGAAGACUAGUGUGCAGAACAGAUGUCUAUGUAUUCAAGGAUUGAGUUUGCUCCCUAGAGAGAUAGCUAGCAAAUGGAGGACUCACAUCUUCAGGAAUUCAUUGGCUAGUGAUAAUGAAGAUGUUCGACAGGCAGGAGUGAAAUUCUUUCCUUGGUUGCUGUACAGCUUGGGGCCUAACUCGGGACACCUUGUCUUGGAUCUUCUUCACAUAAUGGUUAAAGAUACAUCUCUAAAAGUCAAAGAGGAGUUGGCAACAUCAAUCGGAAACCUUGUCUGUACUUUGGCACGGCAAACAAGACAGAAAAGGAAACCAGGUGCAAGCUUUGAUGAGCACUUGUAUAUGCACAUAUAUUUACAAUGUGACGUGUGCCCCAAGAUGGCCACCAAACAGAAAAACUCUACUUUGAAGGCAGCAACCAUUGAACCAGACUACAUCUUUCCUUUUCUACAAUUGAUUGAGGGUAGUACAGAUGUACAGCUAGCUUUCAUCGACAACAUUGAUAAAAUCUUUCGGCAUUUGAAUCUACAGACCAAGAAUACAGUAGUGUCCAAUAUGCUGAAUGCAUGCUUUGAUCUCAUUGAGAAUACCAACUACAACGUUAGGCUUGCCUUCAGUAAAACUGUACAGUGCCUUGUUGAUGACAAUGGCUCCAUCAACAAAGAAAACAUCAAAUCUAUCGUAACAAAGCUUAAGACGGCAUUCUUAUCAGCUAAGUCAUCAGGGAACAGUAGAAAACAAGAGACAGUUGUACUAACAAUCGGCCAUCUUGGAAGAGUGGCAGAAGGUGAGCUUUUAUUGGUUGCUGUUUUUAGUCUUCUUGAAAGCCUGUUAUCGUCUGCUCCACUCGUCAAAGCUACAGCUUUCAUCCAGCUUGAAGAGUUAGCAAAAGCAAAGGGUUUGACAAUGGCAGCUUUGUACGUAAAGUUUAAGCAUUCCGUGUGUAAGUUCCUGAUUGAAGCAUUGCAUGAGGCGCAUUCAAUCAAUGACAGUCAGAAAGACAACCUCUCCAUAAUCUCAGAAGUCUCCAGGGUGUUCCAGUUCAAGGAUGUCAAUUUCUUUCUGGAGAGCUCGUUGAAGUUCACAUUGCCACAUAUUGUAAGCAAGGCCACACCAGCAGCUUCCUCUGUACUGCGAUUAAUUGCAAAGACACUGAAAAAGAGACACAGGGAAAUGUUGGUUGAAAAUUUCAAGUACAUAUUUUCAUUUCUUGUAAGGACGUGCAUCAAAGCUGAAUUGGAGACAUCUCUUCGCUACAUUGAGAGUGAGACAGAUGUAGAACUAGGCCGGUUGAUACGCAUGGAUUACCAGAGCCUGCACAACCAGCUUCUCUUGUACCUUGGUCAGAACUUCUUGCAGGUCUUUAAUGGCUUGGUCAUGCUAGCCUCUAAGGAUGAAAACUACAGAGGGCCUAAGCCUAUCACUGAGGCUGAAAAUAUGGCUGACUUUUUGCAACCACGAUUACUUGGAAUUCUAGCAUUCUUUGAUUCACAGCUUUUGACUAACAGCAUCGCUCUUGAAGAUAAGAAACUGGCCUUAGAAAGUCUUGUUUCUAUUAUGAAGCUAAUGGGGGCAAAGCACAUAACAACAGUGAGGGUUAAGGUAAUGACUACCCUAAAGAUCAGCCUACAAUUUAAAGAACAGGGGUUUCCCGUACUAAGUUGCAGAGCCUGGGAUUGCUUUGUGAGAAGUGUUGAUCUGUCAUCGCUAGGCCAGAUGUUGAGCCAAAUUGUCAUUACAUUACUCCCUCUGUUACAUCAACUUCCAGAGCAGGUUGCGAGUAUCUACCAUUAUCUUAUUGUCGAAAACAGACAAGUUCUGAGCUGCCAUUUUUAUGAGCUCUACUUCAUGCCAGAAAUUUCUGAGCUUCAGGAAGUUCAAAAAGUUCUCCAGGAACACACCGAUGAUCCUAAAAGUCAGACAGACUUGAGGACCCAGCUGAGUCGCUCCAUCAAAGGCAUCACUCAUGAGAGUAUAGAUGUCCGGGUGCAUGCUCUUUCUAAACUUCGAGAUUUGCUGCAUGACAAUCAGGCUGCUUUUCAUGAGUUUGUAAUGGGGAGGGAAACAGUAGACCCAAUUGUUUCCGAACUAGUAUCUGUAAUGUUGUCAGGGUGUCGGGAUUCAGACAAAACCACUCGUAGUCUGUACGGAGAAUGUCUUGGGGAACUUGGUGCAAUUGAUCCUGGUCGAUUGGAUCUUAAUAUUGAUAGGAAAAAGGGAAGGAGUUCAAAGUUUGAGGCUGAUGUCAAUGACAACAACUUUGCAUUCAAGCUGAUAAGUGAGCUAGCUAGAGCCUUCCUUGCAGCAGAGGAUACAAGGGCCCAAGACUGCUCAGCCUAUGCUAUUCAGGAGCUUCUUCAGAUCUACAAUUGCCAUGAGUCAAAGAUAGACAACCCUGGAGGUAAGCUAUGGAAAAUGUUUCCUGAGCACAUCCAAGAGAUCUUGCUCCCAUUGCUGCACACCAAGUAUGUGCCUUCUCGUCAGUCUACAUGGGCUAGCCUCACUAAACCCAUCUACCGCAGUAGGAGAGGCAAGACCUACAAGGAAUGGGUUUGUACAUGGACUGGAUAUCUAGUGAGCAAGGUGAAACAAGAUAAACCUUCCAAGGUGUUUCGUUCUUGUAGUAUGAUCAUCAAACACGAUAUCAAAUGUGCUCUGUUUCUCCUUCCUCAUAUUCUUCUGCAUGCAUUGCUGAGUGUUCAUGAUCAGGAUAGAGAGGAGAUUUGUGCUGAGAUUCAAGCAGUACUGGCACAUGCUGAGAAAAUGGACGACCAGCACAUCAACGACUUUUGCCAGAUGAGUGCGCAGACUAUCUUCUCCGUUCUUGAUCAUCUUACACAAUGGCAAGGACAUAAAAUUCACAUGCUGACUAUGUCCAGAAAUCACAGAAUGGCUCAAAGUGGAGCACUACAGGAAGUCGAUGAUGAAUACAGAUGCAUCAGUCAGUUCUUAGAGCAGAUCCCUCAGAGUGUGCUGGCUAAGGCAUCCUUCCACUGCAGAGCAUACACAAGAGCUCUGAUGCACCUUGAGUCCUUCAUACAUAAGCAGGAUAUUGAGCCUCAUUUAGGGUUCUUGCAAAAAAUUUACAUAGCAAUGGAUGAGCCUGACGGAGUGACUGGAGUUUCGGCAGUUCGCAAAGGGGAGCCAAGCCUACGUGAACAGAUCUUUGAUCAUGAAAGCAUAGGCCAGCUGCGUGAUGCUUCUGCUUGCUAUGAACGAGCUAUACAACUUGAGCCUGAUGAUGUGUCUCAUCAUAAAGGAUCAAUCCGCACGAUGAUGGAUGUUGGCCAACUAAAUAUCGCCCUCUAUCUUGUCAACAGCAUUUUAGAAGAGAGACCUGAAUGGAAAUCUCAACUUGGUUCGUAUCGCAUUGAUGCUUGUUGGAAACUUGCAAAGUGGGACACACUAGAAAGCCACUUGCAGAAUGAGAGUGAAAAAUCUAUUGAUUGGAAAGUUGGACUUGGAAGAGUUCUCUUAGCUGCUAAGAAACUGGAUCAAGAGGGGUUUUUCAAGCAGUUACAGAUUGUACGUAGUGAGCAGAUGGGUCCUUUGUCAGCUGCCAGCAUGGAACAAGGAUCCUACACCAGGGGCUAUGAAUACAUCGUACGCCUGCACAUGUUGUCUGAAGUUGAGCAGUGUGCGCGAGCAUUGAUGGGUUUUCAGGCUACCAAUUCCUCAAACAGCACCUUGAAGUAUAAAAAUGAGCUCCUCAGCGAUUGGGAAAACCGUCUGAAGAUGACUCAGCCCUCAUUCAGAACUCAGGAGCCGAUUCUUUGUCUGAGGCGUGUUCUCCAUAACUUGACCUAUGAUGGACAAGAUCCCAGUAAGAACAAAGUUGUUGGGCACUGCUGGUUGCAAAGUGCUAAGGUUGCGAGAAAGGCUGGACAUUUGCAAACUGCAUUCAACUCUCUUCUAAAUGUCAACCUGUUUUCAAUACCGGAGCUGUGUAUUGAGAAGGCCAAGUGGCUUUGGAGUAAGGGUGAUAGCCACGAAGCACUGAUAAGUCUCCAGAAGGGUGUGUCAGAGCAUUUCUCCAAUAGUAGAUAUGACAGUCUACCCCGGGAAGAAGCUGCAUCAAAAAGAUUAGCACAUGCUAAGGCAUUGUUAAUGGUUGGACGCCUCAUGGAGGACACAGCAAAUUUUGAGAGCAACUCAGUGAUGAAGCAAUAUAAAGAUGUGGUCGAGGUGAACCCAGAAUGGGAGGAUAGUCACUUCUACCUCGCUAAAUACUACGACAGACUCAUGCUGAGUGUGACAGACAGACCAGAAAGGGCUGGUGAGUUUAUCCUGCAAGUUGUCAAUUACUUUGGUCAGUCACUACGUUAUGAUAACCAGUACAUCUAUCAAUCAAUGCCUCGUCUGCUAACCUUAUGGUUGAACUAUGGUGCAUCGACUGCUGAACAAGAGCGAAAUAAAACACUCAAAGUUAUCCUUGGCAAACUCAAUGGGAUUAUAUCUGACUUGACAGGUGUGUUGAAGCCAUAUCAAUUCCUGACGGCAUUUUCCCAGCUCAUCUCGCGUAUCUGUCACUCUCAUCCGGAUGUCUUCCAGCGUCUGAAAGAGAUAAUUGCAAAGGUUUUAGUAGCAUACCCUCAGCAGGCAGUUUGGAUGUCAAUGGCAGUGUCAAAGUCAACUCAUCCAGUCAGGCAACAAAGAUGCCAAGAGAUUUUUGAACGAGCUAGAAGUCUUAACAAACACAUGAAGAAAUUCAUCUCAGAUGCCACAAAGUUGUCUGAUCGUCUGCUUGAGUUAUGUAACAAGCAGCCGACAGACCGCUCCAUGACAAUGAGCAUCAAUUCAGAGUUCCGCUCCCUGAAGCGACUUGUGGACGAUCCCAAUUUCAGCAAUAUCAUCAUCCCUCUACAGGCUGCUAUGAAUGUGACCUUGCCAAGUAGUCCAGGGGCAUAUCAACACCAUGACCCCUUCCCUGGGUCACAGAUUUACAUCAAUGGAUUUGAUGAUGUGGUUGAAGUUUUACCAUCCUUGAUGAAACCUAAGAAGAUAGCAAUCAAGGGGAGUGAUGGGAGAUUCUACCUCAUGAUGUGCAAACCAAAGGAUGAUCUUCGAAAGGAUUGCCGAUUGAUGGAGUUCAAUGCGAUUGUAAACAAGUGUCUCCACAAAGAUGCAGAGUCACGGCGAAGGCAACUCCAUAUUAGGACAUACGCUGUUGUUCCUUUGAAUGAAGAGUGUGGCCUUAUUGAAUGGAUAUCAAACACUACUGGACUUAGACACAUCCUUAACAAAAUAUACAGGGAGAAAAAUAUGUCCACCAGUGGGAAAGAAAUCCGGUCCAUGAUAGUGCCACAAAACUCACCAAUAGAGAUUAAGCUGAAUGUAUUCCGUCAGAAACUGUUACCACGACACCCUCCUGUCUUCCGGGAUUGGUUCCUAAGGACUUUCCCAGAUCCGACUUCAUGGUAUGUAGCAAGGCUGGCCUACUCCAGGACUUGUGCUACUAUGUCAAUGGUGGGCUAUAUCCUAGGCCUAGGUGAUCGCCAUGGAGAGAACAUUCUACUUGACUCCACAACAGGCGACUGUGUUCAUGUAGACUUUAACUGCCUCUUCAACAAAGGUGAAACAUUUGAUUGUCCAGAGCUUGUGCCUUUCCGUCUGACCCACAAUAUGGUGGAUGCUAUGGGUCCAAUGGGGUAUGAGGGUGUAUUCCGAAAAGCAUGUGAAGCUACCAUGCAAGUGAUGAGGGACCAGAGGGAUCCCCUUAUGAGUGUCUUGAAGGCAUUCAUUUAUGACCCCUUAGUAGAAUGGAGUAAGCCAAGUCGUGGACGUGUUGCAACACAUAAUGAAACCGGAGAAAUUAAUAAUGAAAAGGCUGUGACUCAUGUCACUGACAUUGAAUUGAGGUUGCAGGGAAUACUAAAGAACAAGAAGAAGAAACAUGGUCUCCCUUUAUCAAUACAAGGGCAUGUUCAUCAUUUGAUACAAGAAGCAACUGAUGAAUUAAAUCUAUGCCAAAUGUACAUUGGAUGGGCUCCUUUUUUCUGAGGUGGUUUCAAUGAGAAUAAGAACAAUAAAUAGGAGGUGGGCAUCAAAAGGAAACCAAAGUCGACCAAAGAGUUUUUUUGUUUUUCAAAUAUGUAACUGGCUCUGGCAAAACCCGCAAAUUGUUGCAAUUCCUAAUUUCCCACAAGUACACAAAACUUUUGAGAAUCAGAAUUUUUAACAUAUUCAUGUUUUUGCAUUUUAUAGAACAUUAUUUCUGCAAAAUAUCAAUCACAAAAUCUAGCUGAAAAGUAUAUUAAAAUUAUUUUUAAAAUACAAAUCUUAAUAAUAAACUCUUGAUUUUUGAAUAUUAGAAGCUUUUAUUUUUUAAACCUACACCGCUGAUAUCAAAUGAAGUAAAUAUUGAUAACUAAUCAUCCAAUUGCCAUUAAAUAAACAAGUGUUUUAAAGAAUAAUUCAUGCAGUAUCUACAAACGGCUUGUUUUGCCACAGUCGGCCAGUCACAUAUAUCUUAAUUGGACAAUCUUCAAGUAGAUCUUGAUUCAUGGUUGGUUGAACUGAGCAUCAUGAGAGGCCAUUAAUGUUCAAAUGUCAACAAGGUUAUACAUGGUCUUCCUUCCAUCCAGUUACAUGUUGAUUUUUUUGUUGAUACCAAAAAUGUUUAUAAAAUCUAAACAUUGUAUGGAAUAGAAAUAUGUUAUUUUAUUUUUGAAAUGUUAAUAAAAAAACACAGAAAUGUUAACCAUCUUGGUCUUGAGUGAUUUAAUGAAAUAAAACAGUUCUACUAUUAAUUUCAGAAAAUUGUAUAUUCCAUAAUUUAAUUGACAUAAUCUAGUUACCAUAAUCAAGCAUAUACAAUACAUAUGUGGCUAGCCAUCCCAAAUCCAGCAUCAGUGACUAAAAUAAAAAAUGACUGAUAUUUUAUUCUUAUUUUCCACAUUGUAAGCUUUAAAAUGAUGGGUCACUUACUGGAAAAGACUUACUAAUGCCAAAGUUACUGAGUUUUACAAUUGGCUACAGUAUGCUGGUAUGAGGAUUAAAGGAACUUAUGUAUGUGUUAAUAUUGCUUAAAGCAGCAUUCAUCUACAUGCUUGUCACAAUAUAAACAUCCUGUAAUUUAGAUAGAAGAACUUGCUCACUUUUAAAGUUGUGUAUGCGCAAUUGCCCU